AUGGCCGGUGUUUCCAUCCCCUUGAGAGAACACAUACACAAAGAAAAAGAUAAAAAAAAAGGAAACCCAACGAAAGCGAACCAGCAGACAACAACAGAACAGCAGAACAGCCACGGACGACAGACGCAGACGCCACAGCCACGGACCGACAGACGCAGACGCCACAGCCACGGACCGACAGACGCAGACGCCACAGCCACGGACCGACAGACGCAGACGCCACAGCCCACGGACCGACAGACGCAGACGCCACAGCCACGGACACAGACGCACGACCAGACGGACCGACAGACGCAGACGCCACAGCCACGGACCGACAGACGACGCCACAGACGGACCACAGACGCAGACGCCACAGCCAACCAGACGCACGCCACAGCCACGGACCGACAGACGCAACGCCACAGCCACGACCACAGACGCAGACGACAGCCACGGACCCAGACGCAGACGCCACAGCCACGGACCCACAGACGCGACGCACAGACGCACGCCACAGCCACGGACCGACAGACGCAGACGCCACAGCACGGACGACAGACGGAGCGACGCAGACGCAGACGCCACAGCCACGGACCGACAGACGCAGACGCACAGCACGACCCACAGACGCAGACGACACAGAAACGGACCGACAGACGCAGACGCCACAGCCACGGACGACAGACAGACGACGCCACAGCCACGGACCGACAGACGCAGACGACCGCCACAGCCACGGACCGACAGACGCAGAACGCCACAGCCACGGACCGACAGACGCAGACGCACAAGCCACGGACCGACAGACGCAGACGCCACAGCCACGGACGACAGACGCAGACGCCACAGCCAGGACCCACAGACGCAGACGCCACAGCCACGACGACAGACGCAGACGCCACAGCCACGGACGACAGACGCAGACGCCACAGCCACGGACCGACAGACGCAGACGCCACAGCACGGACCGACAGACGCAGACGCCACGCCACGGACCGACAGACGCAGACGCCACAGCCACGGACCCACAGACGCAGACCACAGCCACGGACCGACAGACGCACGCCAGCCACGGACCGACAGACGCAGACGCCACAGCCACGGACCGACAGACGCAGACGCCACAGCCACGGACCGACGACGCAGACGCCACAGACGGACACAGACGCAGACGCCACAGCCACGUCGCACAACGGUCCGAGAUCAUGUCCCGCAACCUCGACGCCAAGAACAAAGCCGCAAGGAGAUGAGUGGCGUCCGUUACGGGAGACAGCGUCGACUACCGUGCAAUUCCAUGAUUUUACCAAUGCAAUUACUACCAAACUUCUUGUUAUACGACCAGACCCAACAACCAUUGCUCCCAAACCACCAACCUCAACCAUUGCACACUCGGGCACCACCAAUGCAAUACCUAAUUCCUUGCCUACUACAGUAUAUCCUCUUCCUAUACCCAAGACCACCACACCAUAG